AUGGAAAAUCCACACGCUCCUCACACGCCCUCCCCCGGCUCCCUGGAGCACACCUCCUUCACCCGCGCCUUCCCCUACGACACCUGCCCGCCCUCGCCUCCAACAGUUGACAUCCCCGCCUCGCGGUGCAUGGGCCGCAUUUCUGUCACCAUCACCCCCUCCCCGCGCAACUUGGACCCAUCCCUCUUCGACUUGGACUCCGAUUAUACCUCGAUAAUCACCCACGGCGGUGCACCGCAGGAAGCCGAGGACCAGGCUUCGAGCUGGGAGUACUCGUCCCGUCGGUCGGCGCAACCGGUUAUUGAUCCGAGCCUGUGGUUAGGUCCGUUGAGCGUGGUGAGGGAUAAGGCGUGGAUGGAGAAAGAAGGGAUGACGAUGGUGGUGGUGGUUAGGGAUUCGCUCAUGGGACUUACGGGGUUGAUGGGGAAAAUGGGACUUGGGGGAGGACAGGGACAACAACCACAACAACAGCAUCAACAGCAAAAUAAGCCGGACGGGGUUCCAAAGACCAUUCCUACGUUAGGACCGGCGGCCAAGAAAGUCUGCGAGGAUCUGGGCGUGGAAGUCGAGGCGGUGGGAGUUAGCAACCUACAAGAGCUGAUCAGGGAAUUCCCUCGCCUCAACGAGAAGAUGGCCCGCCACCUGAUCUCGGUACACAAGCGGAGUUCCGGCACCCAGCAGGGCAAAGUGUUGGUAUGUUGCGAGACAGGCAACGAGCGCUCAGCCGCAGUGGUGGUGGCCUACCUGGUCGAAGUCUGGGGCUGUGAGCUAGUCCACGCGCUCCGGUUCGUGCUUUACCGCCGCUUCUGCGUGGCCUGGGACGACGACACGCGGCGCUAUCUCAAGAACUACGAGGACAUUCUGAUGGCCAAGAGGAUGCGGUGGCAGGGCCAGGAGGCCAACAAGAAAGAUGCCGGCCUCGCUACGAACGAGACGAGGACGCUCAAGCUGAAGAGACAGUUGGCAACUGUGGGCUUCUUGGAUGGGGAUGAUGAUAGUGAUCUCGAGGAAGAUGCUGAGAUGUCUGCCGCCGCUGAUAGCUACUCAUCGGAAGAGGCGAGGAGGGAAAUUGCACGCCAGGCAAGGGAAUAUCAGCAGGGAAGAGGACCAGGAAGGAGGAACCACAGGAACUUUGCGCCGUUUGUGGAGAGGCUUCCGCAAGGACGCAUAAAUAACAACAACGGGACCGGGGGUGGCGAGGGAGGCAGGACAUGCUAA